AUGAAUCCAUUGAGGACGUUCGCCAAAACGGCACCUCGUUCUGUAACGAUAUUUGAGCUUAAAUUCUUUCAACCUCUCUCAUCCUACUCUGUUCUCAUGAAGGAAAGAUUUCAUUACCUUGAUCGUUCACCCUCAGACAAUAACAAAUCGUGGUCAAAGAACACUCCUUCGCGUUCAACCUCCUUACCUCGAACCAAACGAACUGCGACCCUU